GGGUUCAGCCACGACCAGCUCGCGAAGCUCGAGAACUGAAAGUAACCUUACUUGACGCCACGCCCUAGGCUAGGGCACGCCUUCCUCGGCACUGGACUCGGACGGAGUUUGACAAGAAAGAGUGCUGCAAUGAGAGAUGGUCCCAGGACCCUGGAUCUGCGUCACCGAAGGUUGACGCAAACGUUACUUCACGACAAGCUUUCCGUUCCCAAAAAAAGACCACGUACCUAUCUAUACCACUCGCGAACAAGGAUAGCGAGCUCCCAAUCCCCCUCUGCCGCAAGUAACCUACACCCCCCCAGACACCCACACUACGACAGAGACGUGAAUCCCCUCCAUCACACACAGAACAAAAUUGAAGGGAACCAUGGAGAAUCCCCGCAUAGUUCCCCCAACCCACGCUGCUGCAACGGCGAAGCAGCCCAUCACGGGGUGGCGGCGGCUAUGGCUACAGUAUUUCCCCGUCCGCCUCUGGCCCAGGCCGCUCGACGCAGACAACCCCGUGCUCUACCUGGUCGACAUCCCCGUGAUCUUGUUCCUGCUCGGGUCCCUGGCCUACCACGUCGGGUCCUUGUCCUCGUCCCUAAUAUGGGGGACCACGCCCAACCAGGCGAUAACUCUGACCCUUCUCGCGGUCAAUCUGUCGCUGUGCGUAUGCGCCUGGCUGUGUCGGCUGGACGAAGGGCUUGGCGGCGAGGAGGAGGUACCAGUGCCCAGGCCGCUGGAUGAACAAGAAGGGCCCCAUGAGUCCCAGGACGACGAAACCACGGCGCUGCUGCGUGGCCUGCUUCUGCAGCAGAUCGUCACCAGGGACGCUGCUUGGGAUGAGCUCAACCGCGAGUUCGAUGGCGUUGUUCGCCUGUUCGAUGCUGUGCGCCCGCCAGCCGCUGUGGUGCCUCACAUGGAAUUGCUUCGUUUGGGCCACGACAUGGCCCAGGCCCAGUGUUUCAAGAUCCUCGCCGUCGUCACCGAGAUCACGCUUCAAUUUCCCAUCAUCCUGUUGAACGUUCGGUCCAUACCAAAACUUGCUCCAGAACCGCCUAUGACAGGUUAUCUGCUCGAAUUUUAUGCGUGUUUGAAGAAGUGAAGCCUUGCGGUAUUAUUGUGGCCCAAGCGAUUUGCCAUCGAGCUGUUGGCCAGGGCUAGUGUGGCUUCAGCCAUACUGGGCUUGACGUGUGGUCGACGGGGGCUCGCCAGCGAAUGAAGUCGAACCAGCAUCAACCAGGCCGAAAAAGCAGUCUGGCUGGGCAACUCAAGCUAUUUGUUGACUUUACUCCAGUCCUCUGUUCGUGACAA